AAAGUGGAAUACGAUAAACUUGCAAACGAAAAGACAGAGAUGCAACGCCAUUACGUGAUGUACUAUGAGAUGUCUUACGGUCUGAACAUAGAAAUGCACAAACAGACAGAGAUCGCUAAAAGGCUGAACACGAUCCUUGCCCAGAUUAUGCCUUUCCUCUCGCAAGAGCACCAACAGCAAGUGGCUCAAGCUGUUGAGCGUGCCAAACAGGUCACCAUGACCGAGCUGAACGCCAUCAUCGGGGUACGUGGAGUUCCCAAUCUGCCUCUCACCCAGCAGCAGCUCCAGGCUCAGCACCUCUCCCACGCGGCCCACGGCCCCCCGGUGCAACUGCCUCCUCACCCGUCGGGGCUGCAGCCGCCGGGGAUUCCUCCGGUCACGGGGAGCAGCUCGGGCCUGCUGGCGCUGGGGGCCCUGGGCGGCCAGGCGCACCUGACCGUGAAGGACGAGAAGAACCACCAUGACCUGGACCCCCGAGAUCGUGACUCCAGCGCAAAUAACUCCAUCUCCCCGUCCGAGAGCCUCAGGGCCAGCGAGAAGCACCGAAGCUCCUCAGACUACGGCCUCGACGCCAAGAAGCGGAAAGCCGAGGAGAAAGACAGCCUGAGCCGAUACGACAGCGACGGGGACAAGAGCGAUGACCUCGUGGUGGACGUCUCCAAUGAGGAUCCCGCGACUCCCCGCGUCAGUCCCGCUCAUUCGCCUCCAGAAAAUGGGAUCGACAAAGCCCGGGGGCUGAAGAAGGACGCCCCCAACAGCCCCGCCUCCGUCGCCUCCUCCAGCAGCACGCCUUCCUCCAAGACGAAAGACCUCGGCCAUAACGAUAAAUCCUCCACCCCUGGGCUGAAAUCAGCCACUCCCACGCCGAGGAACGAUGCCCCAACGCCAGGGACGAGUAGCACUCCGGGGCUGCGGCCGAUGCCGGGCAAGCCGUCUGGAAUGGAUCCUUUGGCAUCUGCCCUGAGGACGCCCAUCUCAAUCGCGGGCUCUUACGCCACCCCGUUUGCCAUGAUGGGGCAUCACGAGAUGAACGGCUCCCUCGCCAGCCCCGGGGCCUACACGGGUCUCCACAGCAUCCCGCCCCAGAUGGCCGCCGCCGCUGCUGCCGCCUAUGGCCGGUCUCCCAUGGUGAGCUUCGGAGCUGUCGGCUUCGACCCCCAUCCUCCCAUGAGGGCCCCAGUCCUGCCCACCAGCCUGGCGUCGAUUCCCGGCGGCAAGCCGGCUUACUCGUUUCACGUGAGCGCCGACGGGCAGAUGCAGCCGGUCCCCUUCCCGCACGACGCCCUGGCCGGCCCCGGCAUCCCACGCCACGCGCGCCAGAUCAACACGCUGAGCCAUGGUGAGGUGGUCUGCGCCGUCACCAUCAGCAACCCGACCCGCCACGUCUACACGGGCGGGAAGGGCUGCGUGAAGAUCUGGGACAUCAGCCAGCCGGGGAGCAAGAGCCCCGUCUCCCAGCUGGAUUGCUUGAACAGGGACAACUACAUCCGCUCCUGCAAGCUCCUCCCCGACGGGCGCACGCUGAUUGUGGGCGGGGAGGCCAGCACGCUCACCAUCUGGGACCUGGCCUCCCCCACCCCGCGGAUCAAGGCCGAGCUGACCUCCUCCGCCCCCGCCUGCUACGCCCUGGCCAUCAGUCCGGACGCCAAGGUCUGCUUCUCCUGCUGCAGCGACGGGAACAUCGCCGUCUGGGACCUCCACAACCAGACCCUGGUCAGGCAAUUCCAGGGCCACACCGACGGGGCCAGCUGCAUCGACAUCUCGCACGACGGCACCAAGCUGUGGACGGGCGGCCUGGAUAACACGGUGCGCUCCUGGGACCUCCGGGAAGGGCGGCAGCUGCAGCAGCACGACUUCACCUCCCAGAUCUUCUCUCUGGGGUACUGCCCAACCGGGGAGUGGCUGGCCGUCGGCAUGGAGAGCAGCAACGUGGAAGUCCUGCACCACACCAAGCCCGACAAGUACCAGCUCCACCUUCACGAGAGCUGCGUCCUCUCUCUGAAGUUCGCGUAUUGCGGGAAGUGGUUUGUGAGCACCGGCAAAGACAACCUCCUCAAUGCCUGGAGGACUCCUUACGGAGCGAGCAUAUUCCAGUCGAAAGAAUCUUCCUCAGUCUUAAGCUGCGACAUCUCGGCCGAUGACAAAUACAUCGUCACGGGCUCGGGGGACAAGAAGGCCACCGUCUACGAGGUGAUCUACUGACCUGGGGGCAGGGCUUCCGCGCAGCCGUCACUCUCCGAGAGGCCUGGCAAGAGAGGAAGGCGGACCUCCGGUGGGCGCCAGCAGAAGGAGAGGUGGGGAGCGCCAGGAAUUCCCGGCAUGCGCCCCGUGGAGUUGCGUCACCUGCGUGUGGGUUUCCCGUCGUGCUCUUGGAGUCAUUCUGUGGAUUUGGAUCCCUUGGGAGUCGCGGCGAUUUCCCCAAGGGUCUCUGGGCUCUUGCGUGAUGAGCCCCCGUGUCCGCGCCCCCCCCCCCCCCCCG